GAGGACGCGCGAGCGCCGCAGAGGAAAACCUGGUGCUGCCGCGUCCGGGACUCAGAUAUGCGCUGGAAAAGUGAGGCGAAAGUUGAGUGUUGCGAUGUCAAAGGCAGAGAGCGCGAGUCUCUGUCACCCGAUGACCAGCUUUUCGUCAUGUGUGAGGACUGCAAAGGAGACGAAGAGCUGCUCAGCAAAUGCUCGAGGGAGGCCAGACGCGACAUCAUGGGCGCACCGCUGGAGGUUCUGGAUGAGGACGCCGCGUCCCCGCGGGCCAUGGCCUCCGCGCCUUUGCACUGCAGGAGCGUGUGCGCAAACUGCAACGAGGAAAUAGUGGAUAAGUAUUUAUUAAAAGUUAACGACUUGUGCUGGCAUGUGCGCUGUCUGUCCUGCAGCGUGUGCCAGACUUCACUUGGCAGCCACGCGAGCUGCUACAUCAAAGAAAAGGAGAUUUUCUGCAAACUGGAUUACUUUCGAAGAUACGGCACCUGGUGCGCGUGCUGCGGCCGGAACAUCCAUUCCACGGACUGGGUUCGCCGCGCCAAGGGGAACGUGUACCACCUGGCCUGCUUCGCCUGCUUCUCCUGCAAGAGGCAGCUCUCCACCGGGGAAGAGUUCGCACUGGUGGAGGGGAAGGUGCUCUGCCGGAUCCACUACGACUGCAUGCUGGACAACCUGAAGCGGGCCGUGGAGAAGGGAACCGGAGUGAACAUGGAGGGAGCCGUUCCCACGGAGCAAGAGAUCAACCAACCCAAACCUUCCAAGAGAGCCCGGACCAGCUUCACCGCCGACCAGCUGCAGGUGAUGCAGGCUCAGUUUGCUCAGGACAACAACCCUGAUGCUCAAACUCUGCAGAAGCUGGCGGAGGAGACGGGCCUCAGUCGCAGAGUCAUCCAGGUCUGGUUCCAGAACUGCCGAGCACGCCACAAAAAGCACGUGAGUCCAAACCACUCCUCCAGCAGCCCCAUGACCUCCUUGCAGUCCGGCCGGCUGCCUCAGUCCACCCCCAUCCCGGAGGAGUUGCAGUACACGGCGUACGGCGGCUCGGAGGGGUCCAUGCUGUCUGCCCUGCACUCCUUCAUAGACAUCCACUCUUCUUCAACCAUCUUUCAACCGCUGCUGCCGGCCCACACCAUGACCUCCCUGCCGGUUUCCCACGCCUGAGCUGGACUCUCACGUGUACCCACCCCCACACACAGCAGCCUCCUCACUCCUCCGUAGAAGCACCACCAUUCCGACAUCCACCCUGGACUCCAUUUAGUUUUCUUUCUGGACCGUCAUUCCUCUUUCCGUGUUUCUGUUUUUGGUCACAAGGUGAUAGUUGGUUACCAUGGUUACCCCUUCCAUACUGUACCGUCUGAUGUUUAUCACAGAACUGUGGAGUUUUCCUUUCUUCUGUGUGUCGUUAGAGUUUAAAAAAGUCGGCGUGAAAGGCGUCAGAUAUAAACGUCCAUAUGAAGGUGAACUUGUUGAAAUGACAUUGUUGCAAUUUAAUUUAUUGUAUGUGAAGUUUGUUCGAAGAAUAAAUGUCUAAUUUCCCAAAGCUGGGAUGUGAAGGAGCAAAUAAAUGAAAAGACUGAAGAUAUGAUCUGGAUUUAGGGUUA